AUGAGUGAAAUUGUAAAGGCUCCCGAGGGCACUAUCGUAAUUUUUGUGCUGGGUGGACCUGGCUCUGGUAAAGGAACGCAAUGCAAUAAAAUAGUCAAAGAUUUUGGAUUUGUUCAUUUGUCCGCCGGAGAUUUGCUUCGAGAGGAGCAACAAAAUCCGAAUUCUAAAGACGGUGACUUGAUAAAAACAUAUAUUAAAGAAGGCAAAAUCGUGCCUACGGAAAUUACUGUUAAAUUGAUUUCGAAGAAAAUGCAAGAAAGCAAAUCAAAUAUAUUUUUAAUAGAUGGAUUUCCACGAAAACUUGAUCAGGCUGAGUGCAUUAGUGGCGUGACACUUGUACCAAUGGCAUUCCAGCACUAUCGCAUCACUACAGGUGCAGACAUUUGGAAUCUUGAUAGUGAAGUAGUAGAGCCACAUUUCAUUCUUUUUCUUGAUUGUGAUAAAGAAGUUAUGAAACAACGUCUCUUGAAGCGUGGAGAAACUAGCGGUCGAAUUGAUGACAAUAUUGAAACAAUUGAAAAACGAUUCAAAGUUUUUGAAGAGGAGAGUUUACCCGUAAUCGAAUAUUUUGGAGAAAAAGAAAAAGUUCAUAGGAUACCUUGUACUGAAAGUCCUGAUGAGGUUUAUUUAAAGAUCAGACCAUUGCUUGAAGGUCUGAAUAAAUAA